CAGCCGCGGCUAACGGCACGGGGUAAGCGAACACGUAUUUACGGUACAGGGUGACCCAUCUGGGCCGUGAGAGAUGGCGCAAGCGUCGUCCCGCAGGGGCUUCUACCGCAUCGAGAUCAACAAGAUGGUGUGGGAGGUGCCCAAGAGAUACAGCCAACUCUUCACUGUCGGCUCGGGAGCCUACGGGACUGUGUGUUCGUCCGUGGACUUGGUGGCCGGCAGCAAGGUGGCCGUGAAGAAGCUGUACCGGCCCUUCCAGUCGCGCGUGUUCGCCAAGCGGGCCUACCGCGAGCUGCGGCUGCUCAAGCACAUGAAGCACGAGAACGUGAUAGGCCUGGUGGAUGUGUUUACUCCGAAUGAAACACUGGACCAAUUUCAAGACUUCUACCUGGUCAUGCCCUUCAUGGGAACGGAUCUGAGCAAGAUCAUGAAGCAUGGGAAGCAGUCGGAGGACAAGGUUCAGUACCUGAUCUAUCAGAUUCUCAAGGGACUUAAGUACAUUCAUUCUUCUGGCAUCAUCCAUCGGGAUCUCAAACCGGGGAAUCUCGCUGUAAAUGAAGACUGUGAGCUCAAGAUCCUGGACUUCGGGCUGGCUCGCCACGCCGACCAGGAGAUGACGGGCUACGUGGUGACACGCUGGUACCGCGCGCCCGAGGUCAUCCUCAACUGGAUGCACUACACGCAAACCGUGGACAUCUGGUCGGUGGGAUGCAUCAUGGCGGAGAUGAUCACCGGAAAGCCUCUAUUUCCUGGGAAUGACCACAUGGACCAGCUGAUGCUGAUCCUGAAGCUGACGGGAACGCCUCCAAAGUACCUCGUCGACAGAAUGGACGAGAAUGCAGCCAAGUACAUAAAGACGCUGCCCAAGAUGGAGAAGAGACGGAUUUCCACCCUGCUCCCAAACGCCAACCCCAUAGCCAUCGACCUGCUGGAGAAGAUGCUGGCGCUGGACCCCGAGCAGCGGCCCACGGCCUCGGAGGCGCUGCAGCACCCCUUCUUCUCAGAGACGCGCGAGCCGCUCGAAGAGACCGAGGCCGAGCCGUACGACCAGACGUUCGAGGGCGUCGAGCUGGAGACGAGCGAAUGGAAAAGUCUGAUCCAUGUCGAGAUAACGACCUUUGAUCCAAAAAACCCGCACCAGCUGGCCACAUAGAGCCUGGCCUGGCCCGGCACGAGCGUUCCACCCUCCGACGUCCACUCGCGGCCACCAGCGAACCCCCGGGGUUCAUCGACACAGCAGACACUUCGUGAUUGUCAGUUUCGCACACACAAACAUUUUGUUGAUUAAAACGAUUAUAGUUCACGUGCAGCGAAUAAUGUAACAGCUUUGAGCUCUCGCAAAAAUUGAUUUCCUUUGCCUCAUCGGCACGCCGGGUUUUUAAUGAACUGAAUCGUUGACAUGACACAUUCUCUCCAAUUGAAUUACAGUUCAAAUGUGUGGUGUACAACACAGAAUACCAUAUCAAAAGUUGCAGGCAAAUAUGCAUCACACAUAUAUCUACACACACACACUUAUAUGCAACUUAAUUUGUCAGUCUGUUAGCAUGUUUGUCUGUCGCAGCAUUUUCUCGUGUAAUUAUCUUCUUACAUGAGUCGGUAAGGAUACAUUCUGACUGGAAGAAAUCAGGAACCUAUGGUACUGAACGUCACCUAUGUUUGACCCGUGACCUUUGACCCGGGUGAAAAAAAUGCAUGCUAAUUGCAAUGAGUGGUGUGCUUUCUACUGGACAAAGCGUGCUAUUGCAAUAGUCGUGUCAUCGAUACGGUACUAUAUGACACUUUACCUGUCAUAGGCGACUGGUGAGUGUCUGAUGAGUGCAAUUGGUGAGUGACUGGUUAGUGGUGAGUGUGUCAGGUGAGCGGUGAGUAAGGGUUGCCACCUUUGCUAGUUUUUCCAGGAUCGUCCUCUCUUCGAGGUAGCUACUGCCCUGGGAAAUCUGUACGUCUUCUCGGGUAAAAUAAAAGUCCCGUUUUUUUUAAAAAUCAGUUGCAUAGAGAUGGAUCGCUCGAGACUAUGCAUUUACAUGUAGUCCUCCACUCGUGAUUGUGAGAUAUUCAUCUUUCCAUGAUAUGUCCCCGUUUCGUGUACCUCAGAGGUGGCUGUCCUUCCGCUGAGAGGUGAGCUAUCCACCCUGCCUGUAGGGUGGCCUGCCCUCUCGUUACAAUACAUUUACACGACACAGUAUCAUUGGAAAUCCAUGCCUUGCAUACCCUCUUUCUCUCUGUUGACUGUGAAUCAGAAAUUAGGCUUUGUUUUGUGGAGCCGGCGGCAAUUUCGUUUUUUUAUUCUUUGGGUCUUUCGGUAAAGUCACGUUUUGAUCGCAACACAAGUGACCGUCAUCAGGUGGACGGUCGCUUGUGUUGCGAUUGAAACGUCGUAGUUUAUUUUUUAUUUUUGAACCUUUCUACGUGACUUUACAGAAAAGACCCAAACAAUAUUAAUUCCUGCAGUCACGAAAGCUUCAAGUCAAGAUUUAGCAAUUCAGUUGUUUGUCAUUGCAUUCCGGUCAAUUAUUGCCUCUGCAGAUGUCUCCAACACUCCCUUUGAACGUUCCAAUUGAACAAAAAAGCACAUAGUCUGCCGUUUUGCUAAUCUGCAGGGUGAGGGGUUUUAUACGUACGGCAUAACCCCGUAUAAAUAAUAAAGUAGGCGAUUGCAUCGUGACCUGGCCCGGCAUUCCAGUGGUGUUCUGCAGAACACCUUAGCUCUCGGUAUAUUGUCUUAAUUUCGCAGGGGUAAUUUCAGUGAACAAAUGAAGUAGUGAUUAUUUACAAAGAGGAGGAGUGUUUCUCCUGUACAGGUUUAAUAUCUCUAUGAGCGUCGGUCAUUGUUUGUUACUCGAGUUACUCGGUGGCGGAAAGGGUGUAAACACCAUCACAUCAAACAGGGUCAUCAACGCUUAAAACUCACGAAAGACCUUGUUGGAAUUAAAUCGUAUCCCGCGUUAAAGAAAAUUCCGACGCGGUCUCCAAUGAAUCAUCAUCUUCUUUAAAACGUAAUAGGACCUCUGUUUUGUUCUACAUCAAACCAGUUCGAAUCUUGGCUUGCCAUCUUCGCCCUCCAUCACCCGCGUGCCCCCAGCAUACACACAGUGGCCCGCACGGUGACAAUUUAACGCGUGAGCUCGGAGGGUGAUGCAUCUAAUAUUGAUGAGGCCAAUGCCGAACACAAGAGAUUGCAUUGCCGUUAUCUCGCAAGCGCCGUUUCCCAUUUGUACGUCUCCAUGUCGUGUACACUGACGUUUCAUUACUUUUUAAUGAUACGCGAAGCCAUUUUGUUAAAAAAAAAUAAAACGUGAAACUCUUUAAUUAAA